GCCGCGUCCUGUUGUCCGCUUCUUCUCUGCCGCGCACGCCGCUCGUCCGACCGACACGCACGCGACUUCACGCGCCCAACACAGCAACGAAUGCGAUCACCGCCGAUACAGCGGCGCCGCGCCAAUAACCGUUAUUACUAAUUGCCCGCGUUGCCAAGACAUCGGGGGCGCGGUUUAAAGAUAUUUAUUUUUUAUUUUUCCUUUUGAAAAAUCAAGGCCCGACCAUCGCCCGGACGGUUUUCCGAAAAGCCCUCGUCGUAAACAUUAUUACGUCGUCGCGAGCCCACCGCAAAGUCGGGUAACGACGAUUUCUCCACAAUGGACUUCCAGAGCGCCAUGGAGACGUUCGCCGAAGCGUGGGUGGUCGCCAGUGCCAAAGGCACAUUCACCUAUCCGCCGAUCAACGGAUUUCAGAAUCAAUCAAUGUCAUUGACGCCACAUUUACAAGGAUCCACAUCGCCAGUCUCUAAUGCAAACGACGGACAACUCGGACCAGCGAAAUCCAUACCUGUACAUUGCAUAGUUGAAUCGAUAAACCAUGUUUACCAAUGGAGCCAAAAGCACUCACCGUCACUACAUCGAUCAAAAGGCCACGUAGAAUUGGACAGAUUUGUUAUCAUUCCAAAUAAUACUGCAUUUAGAGACUUGACAGAAACCGCGUUAGUACGCUUGGGCUAUUCUAAGGAUACAGCAGCGGCCUCGAAAGGCUUGGUGGUGCUUAAAAACUGGUUACCUUUAGAUCUGGACACAAUCGCUGAGGAUCCGGUAUUGACAGUAAAUGAUGUUCUUGGAGAACUCACCACUUUAGCCACUCUGAGAAUACUCGUGUUCAGAGAAGCGAAGAACCGAUUCUCCGAUUUGAAAGAUAAACUGUUAAAACUGCUAUUGGUACAAAGCCAAACACAGUUAACAGCUUCGGGAUGUCCCCUGGACGAAGCGAUAAUAUUACAGAUGAUGAAGGUGGGGCAAGCUUGUCCGGAUUUCCCAGAAGAUUUGUACAAAAAAUUCGAACAAUGGUGGAUAAUGCAAUCGUCAAAUGUCGUUCCCAAAAUACAGCCCUCGGUAUUACCGCAAUCAGUGAGAGACAUGUUUUAUCGUAACGGAUCGUCACCGAGGCAGUCUAAUAUGCAAGACAACCCCACUAAUUGUAUUGUUUCUAAAUCAGACCCUAAGGCACACAGUCUUCAGCCCGUUUCUCAAAAUCAGUUCCAAGGUCAAAAAACGCGUAUGCGCACUAGUUUCGAUACAGAACUCGAACUUCCAAAAUUGCAAGCUUGGUUUGCCGAAAAUCCUCAUCCAAGUAGACAACAAAUACACCACUACGUGAGUGAAUUGAACAAUUUGGAAUCGCGAAAAGGUCGUAAGCCGUUGGACGUCAACAAUGUCGUAUAUUGGUUUAAAAACGCCAGGGCAGCACAAAAGCGGGCUGAAGUACGCGGCACAAAUUCAGGCGCCGCAGACAUGAACUCGGGGAACAACGACGGAAACGUGAACGGUUACUGUAAGAGCAGCAGCCCCAGCGAGCACGGCGGCAAGUCAUAUAGCGGCCAGGGGUCGGUGAGCGAAGCCGAAGACGACGAAGACGAAGAGUUCGACGACAACCGGGACGAAGACGAAGACGACGACGACACAAAACCGCCGAUGAGCCCGCCGGCGGAACAGCCGAUAUCGUUGACUACGCACGGGCGGCUUAGUAACGGCGAAACGCAGUCGCCAAGACCGCAAUCCCGCAGCUCACAACAGAGCCCCGAACACAAGAUGAUGGUUAUCAAGGAAGAACCGCCGGACAAGGAUAAAACGACAGUGACCACGGGACUAAACAAUAACGAUUAUGAGGACGAGGACGAUUUCGACGAGGACAUGAUAGACGACGACGGGUCUGAUGGCGGAGCUGAUGAUCGGGAAGUGAUUGGUAGUAGCUGCAAACGGUUGUUACCUCAACAACAGUCAGCGAUAUCGUGCACCACUAGCCCGGACGACUUGGUUGCCGCGGGACACCACCGUCAGACAACGCCACCACCUCCACCGCCGCCGUUAUUCCACCGCGCCGCCGAUCUGCACCAGCCACUGGUCCGGCCCGGGUUCUCGAUGGUGCCAAACUCAAUGUUCGGCCACAGCUUCAUGUACAUGAGCCAAUGCUUGCCCGGCUUCAAUAUGGGCCGCCGACCGCAGACUGGCACUCCGCCACCGCCUCAAUCGCAACAGUCUCAAGUGUCGUCUGCAGCCACCGCGGCAGGCCUGAAUCUAUCAGCGUUGGCCGAGGAGCGCCGGAAACGGAACCGGACGUUUAUCGACCCAGUGAGUGAGGUGCCACGGCUCGAGCAGUGGUUCGAACAUAACACGCAUCCAUCGCACAGCCUGAUUGCCAAGUACACGGACGAGCUGAACCGGAUGCCAUACAGGCAGAAGUUCCCGCGACUCGAGUCAAAAAACGUUCAGUUUUGGUUUAAAAAUCGCCGGGCCAAGUGCAAGCGACUAAAGAUGUCCCUGUACGACGCCAUGUCGCCGAAAGAUCAAUUCUCCAUGCCCACGUAUCUCAAUCACGAUUAAUGCUACAUUGUCCCAGCGGUUGUUUGAAAAGAUUUCACAAAUGAAUAAUUUUAUAAUAAUAUAAUAUAUUGUAAUUUUGUGAAUUAUACAAAUUAUACGAUAUUUUACGAUAAAAAAAAUAUGUUAUAGGUACACCGCGGCAAUUCGUGUAGUGUGUACAAUACUAAUAUGACAUAAUUAUUUAUUAUUCGAGUAUUAAAUCACGUGUUAAGAUGAAAAAAAAUUAAGCUAAAUUAAUAAAUUACGUGCUUAAAAAAAAAAAAAAAAUUGAACAAAACGAGUAAAUAUUUAACGUGGUGCUCUCCACGACCCUCACAUAUUCUCUUUGUGGUCGAAAAUAUUUAUUGUUUAUUUUUCAUUCAGUUUUCCUUUUUAGUUGUGCUAGUCAAAAACUUUACACUUCCUACACACACCUAUACUAUAAGCGCUUACUCAUUAUACAAUUCGAAAAAUAAAGUUUUAUCUUCGAUAUUUUGUACUCGUAUAGUCCUUCCUAGGAUUUACUCGUAGUAAUAACUAGGUACGUUAAUGCUAUCCCAGCCAUUCACGUGAAACCGUUAAGCGAUUUGAGAAGAAGCAUUCAUUCCAGAAUACAAGUUUACAUUAUCUUAUGUAUAUUAUAUUAUAAUAUUAUAUAACGUUUUAUGACUUUGUAAAGGUGUAACGUCUUGCAAUAUACGCGUUCACCAGCGCACUAUUCGCUUCGGAUUAUUGACGAGCUUUUGCCGAGCUUAAACGUGACCGUUCGUCGACGGGAUCCCGCUGUAAAUAUCGCACACUCAUAAUAAUAACAAUUUAAUUAUAUAUUAGUAUAAUCGUAAUAAUAGAUACCGCCCGCAUAUGCUCAUUAUGUGACGCGCACAUUUCUGUGGUCUUGUCACACCGCAUCGUAACCCGUCAUCAUGCUGUUAACCAAAAUGAACGGACCGUAGUUGUACUGUAUAUACGAGUAGUAUGUAUUAUUUUCGAUAGAUGCAUUCGACCCGAGUGAUCCAUCGGCCGUCGCCUAACCGUGCGUUCCGACAUAGGUUUCGAACGAUUUUAGUCAAUGGGUCAACGGCCUUUAAGGACCCGAGGUCGGGACACGUCCCGUCAUCUCCGCCACUCUUAUUGCGGCGUUACAUAUGGAGGCCACUUGGGGAUGACAGGAUGUACGUUUAAGUGGAAUUUUCGACCACUAUCCUCCGAUGAGUGUAUAAUGUAUAGGUACAAGUCGAGACUUUAUCGCGUUUAUAAUUAAUAUUAAAUAUUCAUAGGUAUAAUAAUAAUAUAUAAUAAUAUGUCGUAGUCUUAUUUGUGAUAGCUGUUAAAUAUUCAUAUUUUUGUUUGAAUUUUAAAGCUUUUGAACACACAAACGAAGUAAUACCAAAAAGAAAAAAAAUUAUUUCGCUGGCAUAAGACACUUUGAAUUUCACAAUAUAUUGUCAUAGCGGAAUAAAAAGUUUUAUAUGUAUUAAAAACUGUUUCCUAGCGGAUCCCAAUUUAUUUAUGUUUCUGAGAUCUCGGUCUCUGAUGGUUUGAAUAUCAUACAUCGAGAACUUUGCACUAUCGAUUUUUUGCAUCGUUGUCCAUUGAUGAUUUCUCUACCUUCCAGGACUGUCUGGUUUUCUACCUA